CACUAUGUCUAAAAAAGUUACAUCUACAUUUGACAGUGUUAUUAAACGUCAACAAUAAGUGAUUCUGCUGAUAAAAGCUGAAUCACCCCCCGCACUGCAGUUCCAUUUAUGACCGGGAGGCGGCGUUGUUUGACAGUAGUUGAACUGCCUCUCUGUAUGGGUGAAGGACUAUGUUGUAAAAAUCUUUUAAACAGUUAAUUUUCGGUGACACCGGGCUUCUCCCGGGGCUCAGCUUCGGUGUGUCCGGGGUUACGUGACACCGACUCUUCCUGAGGACUGUGUCCGGUCUUGGAGCGGCCGUGUCGGGCAGCUGCUCAGCGGUUUUCUGAUCUCUGACUGGAGGUUUCUUUUUCUUUUCUUUUUUUUUUUUUUUACUGCAAACCAAGUUAGCUCAACAGCUAAUCCUAAAAGUCGCAUCACCCGUGCGAACUCGAAUUAAAAGUUUCUCGGCAGAGUCGGGACGUGUCGGGUGAGUUUUAACUGGAUGUCCUGACGUAACUUUGUGCGCAGUGUUUUGCGCGGGGUUCGUAUUUUAACUCGCCUUCGCGCAGCCACUAAAUCUGCGUUGGAGAACGCAGCGACUGAAGCGCAGCCACGGGUCAUAAAAUGUCACUUAGACCCGCAGUCACGCGCGGAUAAGGUGUCGUUCUCGGGGGGGGGAAUGCGGUAGAGAGCGGCCAGCUUCGGUGUUCAGCCUGCGCUGACUCGGCGAAUCUGGGUUUGCUGCUCGUGAGGCCUGCGGGUCAGGCUUCUACCGGCCUCGAGUAGAACCCGACGCCGCCGUCGCAGGGGGCGAAGGCCGGCUGCUGGCGCUGCCACUGCCGGGCCUGCGCGAGCCACGGCAUGGAGCGGAUGGAGGUGGACCAAUGCGCAGGCGCAGGAGGCGGUGCAGGAGGCGGGGCACUCCGCAGGUCGAACAGCGCCCCCAUGAUCACCAGUGUCAGUGAUGGGAUGACCAUUUUCAGCCCCGUGUCUUCAGCUCGAUACAGACGCAGCAGCGUGUCCAUCAACCCCAGCUGUCCGUCUCAGCUCGUCCCGCUCUCUCCCUUCUCUCUGACCGGAGACAGACUGGACCAGAAGAGACAGGAGGAGAACAUGGAGAUGACACUCAGAGGGAGUCUGCAGAGACUCAGUGCUUCCAGUCUGGUUCCAGUUCCUCCCGUCAGUCCGUGGCAUGACCACACGUCAGUGUGGUUUCCAUCGCAAGACGGCGGAGUCACGCCCAACUCAUCCCCGAGUCCCACGCGGCGGUUCAGGUUCAGACCUGCGGUCAGCGCCACCAUCAGAUGGCCCGCGCUCACGCCACUGAAGAGGAAAGGUGGCGUCGAGUCCGACGGACCCCCGAAGAAGCUCUUUGUUGCCGGGAUCACAGACCCCGCCCACCGCAGCAGCUACACACUCAGCGUCUCACCAUCGACGGCAGACUCUCCACCAGCAGGGGGCGUCAGUCCUCAGUCCAGCCCUCUGUCCCUGUCACCGCCCCCUUCUUUUAGCCCCCACCAGCACCCGGGACAUUAGACCUCACCAGCGUCUCUACAGGUCAUCGACGCUCAUUGCACCUUAUUCGUUUUGCCGUAAGCCCCGCCUCUUCCCUGUGACCAUGUGACGGACAGAGGGACCGAUUACUUUCACUUCUUUCCUUUGUCGUCAUGAAAACGGGUCUUCCUUGGAAACCGUCGACUUCAAUCAGCUGUUUGUGCCCCAGUGUCGCUCACCAUGCGUCACGACUGGAUAGAGAGACGAGGAUCGCGGUUCCAGCGGCUUGUCGCCACGGCAACGCAUAAAACCCCUCUGGAGAAGUUUGAGACUCCCAGGGACUCGCCGGUUGUGUCGUCGGGGACGAUGUUGCAGAUCCGCUACGAACCCAGCGGACAUACCCUGGACGCGGGACAGGACGCUCCGUAUCGGAACGAGAGACUUUUGAGGGAGUGUGACAUGAGUUUGUUGACUGUCGCGUGGACGCAGUCGCGCGGCGCAGCUCGCCGCCGUCGUGAAGUUUUGUUUUUUUUCCCUGAAGAUGCGAAGAUGUGAAGAUGUCUUGAGUUCUAGUCAAGACAUCGGAGCAGGACGUGGAACACUCUCAGUGAAUCAUCCAUACCAGUUUCCUCGGGAAUGGCGUUACAUGACGUCACAUGGCUCUUUUUUAUUGUUUUGUUUCUUUGUUUUACGCAACAAAGAAAUGAGAAAAUAAUAAAACAAAAACAAAAAAAUAGGAUCCACACAAAUGCUGGUUUUUAGCGCAUUCACUCGUGAAGAAAAGUGUUGUACCGGCGCAGGCGUUCAUUGGGAGCAGCCAUGUUGGCGUGGGGGGCGGAGCCGUCUGAAUGUAACAAUCUUCCCGGGUAACGGCGGUGUCGACUCGCGGGUGAUGGCAUUAUUUACUUCAGAGACACCAGUGUGACGUUCAUCGCGUCAUUUGUGCGAUUUACAUACUUCUACUGCUGCCUCGUGUGGUCACUUUGUGUCACUGCGGUAAAUCUGAACAAAGAAUUUUAAAUGCUGAAUUAAAAAAAUUAAGACAUUUGAACUUCGUGAUGGAGGCAGCAGUGGAUCAACAACUCGUGUGUGUGUGUGUGUGUGCGUGUGCGUGUGUGUGAUGUUAAAAUCACUGAUUUUCUCUAUGGGCUUUGGUGUGGGAGAGUGAGUGAUUUACAAACAUGUUUGUCGGCGACACACCAGCUCCUGGUGAAUGAAGAAGUUGUGUUUUGUUAUCGCGCGCGCGCGUGACCAACCGACGAUAAUCCCACAGAAUAAUUUACCUCCCUCAAAGUGAUCGGGGUCGUCCAGUUUGCACAUGAGUGGCGUCCGUCACGAACAAUUACCGUGAUUUAAAAAUGUAAAAACUUCUUGUCAGAGCUGAAGCUCUGCUCCAGUGUUUGCACUCGCACACACACACACACACACAGUAUUGUACAGUUUUGUAUUAUCACUCAUCGUCGUGCCUAAAACAUGUCGUCAUGUUCUGUGGGGGAGCGUCGGGCAGGUGACGCUGCGUCCUGGUCCUUUAACAGUCACCUGACCUGUCACCUGUCACGUGACCCCCGUCACCUGCGACAUAAUAUUUGUAUAUAGAGUCUAUAAUGAGCAGUUUUUAUCUUAUUUGCUUUGUCUUUGUCUCCAAAAAAAAGAAAAAAAAAAGCGUUUCCAAAUUGUUACCAUUGUCACGACUUUGCACAGAACUGGAGAGAUGAGUUUGCUUUUUCUGUUUUCUGUCACACGAUGAUGUCACCGUGUCACGGUCAGACUUGUCCUAGCACGUUUGAGCUAGCCGUGUCAAACUCGGUCCAUAUGUUGUAGACAAGUUAAUGAUUGAAAGUUGUCAAAGGAUUUUCUCUACGUCAUAAGGCGUGGCCUCAGUGCUCUGACAAAGUUAAAAUGGCAGGAAAACGACUGUUGUUUUGUGUGUUUUUUCCUGCUUUAUAUUUUUCCCGUCUCUGAGUCUGAACCGCAGAUUCGUGAUUGUCAGAUUCGGUUUUAAUCAUCCAUUUAUCAAAAAUAUCACUUUUUUUGUGAAAUCUAGACGCACCUUAGCGGUAGCUAAGUUAAUUUGCAGCCAUGGUUCUGUCUGGAAACUCCUCAAAAUCCAAACUCUGGUUUGGCCAAUCACAUCGUGUGUAGAGUGGGUGGGCGGGUUUAACAUAAUGACAACAGAGUUGCGACUGUGUAGUCCCGGCCGGUCAGUAUUAGCUCUUCCAGGACUUCCACGGUUGUAGCAGAACUCUUUCAAGGACCCGGUUUAUCCCACCCUUCGGAUUGAUCCCUGCCAGUUGUCUGCCCAGACCAAACAUCCUGAUGUAGGUCUGGUUUGCCAGGCGAGUACAAUAUCUGAAAUGACGAAAGUUCUGCCUUUUUCAAACGGUGGGUGGGGGGGAAAAAGGAAUUCGGCAUCAUUCUUUCCAAAAAACCCUCCACACUUUUGUCACCUUCUCCGAAAUAAAUGAAUGCCGCUUUAAGUUGUUCAAGUAGAAAAUGGUACAAUCCAAACAACACCAAAGUAAAAGUAAAUAACGGUCAGAUGAGACUUUGAAACGCGCUGCCAAUCGUUCACAGCUGCACCGACACAAACUGUAGCUUUAAGACCGUUUUCUUUGCCUUAUUUUUGACUUUGCACACUUCGUCGGUUUGCAUCUUCACGUCAAAGAUUGUUCCGAAGCCAAAAAAAGGAAUCCUAACCUUUACUAGUGGUAAACAUAGUGGAGAGUUUUUUGCCAAUAGCAGUGGCAGCAGUGGAAUCCUAUGUCAGCGCUUUUGAGGACGCACUGACUUUCCGAGUCAGAAAUCUGAUUUGUGGUCAGAAAUUCUGACUUCCAACAACAACCGGAACGCCCCGCUCGUCCCAAGUUUGUUGCCCACUCUUUGCCCUUUGGCAAAGAGUGGGCAAUAUAUUUCAGGAAUUAUUGCAUCACAUUGGGUGUGAAUGCGAUUAUUUUAAACGUACAGGAUCCCAUUGUCGCGGAGAGAAAGACGCGUCUUGAGAGAAUCGGCAAAAUUUCGCUCUGGUAGAACGCGGCGAUUUCUCAGCAUCAAAGUUUGAGACGUUCAACUGUCUUGGAGUAGCGCGUUUGUCACAACAUAUUUGUUCUAUAUUCAUUUAGUUUUGUGUUGGAAGUGAACCAGUCAUCAACAUAAACAUGGAGAUAAAAAGAUGAAUCAUUUCACUUAUUUAUCGCAUAAAUGUGAAAGCAAAUGCUACUUAUUAUGUUUGCGUUCUGGACUGCUGGUCGGACAAAACCAAAUGUACGAAGAUGCAAACGUUGAAUUUGACCAAAAAUAAAUCCUUCAGAUUAUGUCACUGAGGUCAGGUGUGGUGAAAAUGCAAUAUUGUCUGUUGUACCAGGGCUCUAUAGCGCCCCCUAAGGCGAAACAUGGAUGGAGAAAGCCAAAAUUAAGUUGCGCUGAGUUUGCUAAACUUGGUGGGAACUUGUCACAGCCCAAGACGAACAAAAAAGUCCAUUGGGACCACGCCCUGAACUCCACAGGAAGUCAGUCAUUUUGAAUUUGCCGUGCUUCGUAGUCUUUGUUUUCCGCUUAUCCGGGUCCAGGUCACGGGGGCAGCCACCUCGGCAAGGAAGCCCAGAUGAGGAGGCCGAACCAGAUGCCCGAACCACCUCAACUGGUUCCUCUGGACGUGGAGGAGCAGCGGUUCCUCUCUGUUAGUCAGCCCGCUCCGCCCUUCCCUCAAAUUGUGAACGCUAAAAAAACAGCUCUGAAGAUGCAAAGUGGAAUUAAACGGACGCCAAUCUGCAGUAAAACGCUGAAGAAAUAACGACGUUCUACCAGAGUGAACUACGACUGAAAACAAAAAAAAGGGCUGCUGAAGUUUUAAGCGAGACGCUAAAGGGAACUAAGAUCAGUUCACCCGAGUAUUUUCAAAGUGUAAAUAGUUGUUUUUUGUUUUCUUUCAUUUCUUUUUUCCUUUUUGACAAAAUUCUCUACAUAAGACAAACGAGAUGAUGAUGAUGAUGAUGUAUUUUUAUGCAACAGAAGAGUAAAAGUCAAGUUCUAUUCAAGUGUUCAUUCCCUCCUGACGAUCUCAUGGCUGUAAAAAAAAAGAAAAUAAAGACUUUAGUUUUUAGUGGAAACAAUUCAUGUUUAAAACAUAUAUUGUUUAUAAAAAAUAUCAUUGAAAUAAAAACAAAAACUGA